AUGGACACGAUAAGUGAUCGACAUCACCGAUGUCUGUUCGGAUGGGUCCACGUCUCGGUGAGUCUUCUUUUUUCGAAAUUAUAUUCAUAGAAACCACUGAGAAAAACGGGAAGUCUCUAAAACUUGUAAGCACCAGGAAACUGUACAAUUUGUUGGACUUAUGCUACCGUCCGGUGUCCAUUUUUGCUGCCGGCAUCUGGAAUUAGAGAAAAUGGCUUCUUAAUGAUUCAUCGAAAUCAGGGGAGUCAAGUCGAGAUAAUACGCAUUCUGGCCGACACUAUUCGAACAGCGAACAAAAAAAAGACAAACAUUUGUGAUUUCAGACAACAAUGCGGCUGAUCCUGGCCUAUUUCGUGGUGUACAACGUGGCCCUGGGCCUUUUGGGCCUUCCGUGGUUCAGCAUUUACAUCGGACUCGCGGGCCUCUGCGUCACCGCGUUCACUUCGUUUCAGGUCUACAAGAAGAACGAUAGGAUGCUUUUUCCGUUUUACCUUUAUGUGGUCGGUCAUUUGAUCGCGAAAGUGGAUUAAAUUGACCGUUUGCAGCUCUUCACAAUAUUCUAUCUUCUUUUUCUGGGUGGAUACUUCUUCUUUGUUAACAUAUUCCACAAAAAUCUGGUGAAAGGUGAGAGAUUCUACCGAUCUUUAAUAAAAGAGAAAUUGCAGACGCUCUGGGCGACCACUCGGACUCCAUCUCAUUCAUUUGGCACUUCGCAGACAUCGUGCUCAUAAUGACCCACGCGUGGGUGCUCUCCGUCUCUUCCAAGUGCCGAAAGUACUUUCGAUGGGUGCGGGAAGGAGGCCAGAAAGGUGAGAAUUCACUUCACUUCACUUGUUGGCCCACAUACAGAAGCAGCAAGUUUGAGAGUAAAUUUCAUGAUUAGAAGACGUCGUCUGAGUCCGAAAACUUCUUUGUUCUAUUGUUUCCGUAAAACUUCUCAUGAGACUACUGUAGGUCAUGGAAGUGACAACUCUCACUAACAUGAGUAGGGUACCUUGACUUCUAUAAGUUACAGUAAUCUUACUUAGAAGAGGUGGUGCAAAAAUGAAGUACUACAAGUACUAGAUCACACUCAACAAAGACUUAGAUUGAUGUAACGUCUUCAAACCCUGCUACACACUUUCAAACUUUAAAAAGUCGCUUCCGUAUGUAGUCUCACCCUUUCGCACCUGUGCUCUUUGAAAAACCAAACAAAAAACGAGAAUCCGUUCAAGAACUUGUCCCAAUUCUCCACUAAACACAGCAGAAAUCCAAGGAAACGGGCGCUUCGAAACGUCUUUCGAUCAGUCGAACUACAGUAUGCUGAUGGGUAAGCACGCCGUCUUUUCGGUGUUGUGCUCGAAACUUCUGUCUCUAUCCGUGCCCCCUUUUGCCUGGUCGUUUCAGUUUCCGCUGCCACCGUUCCCUUUCUCUCGACCAAUUCGAUCGCAUUUUCAGUGGAAAUGCCGACGACCAGCACGGCUCCUCGCCACGAAUCGAAACCGGACAUAUUCUGAUCUCUUUCGCUGUUUUCUUUUCUUUUCGCCCCCUCCACGAAGCCUGAUGAUGCAAACUUGAAUGUGAGACGAUUUCCUGUCACGGGUUACCCACAAUUUCUUCCCUCUGGUACACAUUUCCCACACCGAUUCAAUUGAAAAAAUAAAGUAUCCUUUGAAACAGUGAUUUCGAUAAUAAAUGUAUUCUUGAUUUAUAUUGUGCAACUACACAGCAUUACAUAACAACAGGCCGGACAGCCCAAACUCGGACCCUCUCCUCAGAGAGGCGCGGAAGCAAGAUCUGAUUGCCGGGAAGCCGAAGAGAUCUCGGUUCACCGCGUGGUUCCACAAACGGUUCGGAACCCGAUCCUCUCCGUUCGCAUUCGAUAACAGUAAGGAACCGCGUGGAGCUUUCCCUAACAAUUAUUUUCAGUCCCGUACUGGACGAGCGACGAAGUGUGCGCAUGGCUCUCUUCGAUCGGAAUGUCCGAAUACGGAUCGACAUUCCGGAAAAACGACAUUCAAGGAUCCGAAUUGAUGCAUUUGGAACGGUCGGACAUUCUCGAGAUUGGCAUCAACAAAAUCGGACAUGUCAAGCGACUACAGGUACCCCCCAAGCAUCACAAAUACCCCUUAACACCAUCUUUUUCAGUCGGCCAUCCUCGAACUGCGGGCCCACAACCAACGGGCUCGACGAGCACAAGCCCGCAAGAAACGGCGAGUCGCGAAGGAUUACAAACCGGAAGCGGCGGCCGGCGGAAGCGCGGACAAGCGGAAGGAGUCGAGUGCGGAACGGUAUCCGGACGGGCAGCCGUCGACUUCCUCUUCCGCGUCGGCGCCGUCCGGAAAGAGCGGAACGACGCGGCGAAUCCCUCCAAAGGACGGAGAAUCGGCGCCGGCGGUGAUGCAGAAGGAUCCGUCGAGCAGCUGA